GUUAGGUUGGACAUUCUGUCCAUGUGUUUCCCUUAGUGAAGUGAGCGUCCUUUAAGGGUAUUUAAAGUGAAGUUGAAAUCUCAUAUUUAUUGCGAAUAUUUAUCAUCAUCUCUAUUUUUUCGGGUCAAAAUUAUUCAGAAGUUAGAGACCAAGGCGUUCAGUAUGUGGCGAGACUCACUUGGAAGGUGCUAUGCACCUUCUUUAAGUGUUAUUCUGCUACUUGUUUUCUCAAAUUUUAUUUUUGAUGUAAUCGCUGAGGACGAUACAAUGGGACCUGUAUUCCUUAAAGAACCGCCAAAUAGAGUAGAUUUUUCAAAUGGUACAGGAGCUGUUAUUGAAUGUCAAGCAAGAGGAAAUCCACAACCGGAUAUUAUAUGGGUUAGAGCCGAUGGAACUGCCGUUGGGGAUGUUCCCGGCUUACGACAAGUGUUACCAAAUGGAAAUUUAGUAUUUCCUCCAUUCCGUGCUGAAGAUUAUCGUCAAGAGGUUCAUGCUCAAAUUUACAUUUGUCUAGCAAAAUCCUCUGUUGGAUCCGUACAUAGUCGUGACGUUAAUGUGCGAGCUGUUGUUACACAAGUUUAUCAACCGGAAAUAAUGACCGAGUAUGUAAUACGAGGCAACAGUGCAAUAUUGAAAUGCAGUAUUCCAAGUUAUAUAGCAGAAUUUGUUACUGUUGAUGCCUGGAUUAGAGAUGACGGAGAAACUUAUGUUCAACAUUUAACAACAUUUAAUCAGGAUGGAAAAUAUCUUGUUCUUCCAUCUGGAGAAUUACAUAUUAAAGAUGUUGGACCAGAAGAUGGUUAUAAAACUUAUCAAUGCCGAACUAAACAUAGACUAACUGGAGAAACAAGACUUUCAGCAACCAAAGGACGUUUAGUCAUCACUGAACCAGUAUCCAGUACAAAACCAAAAAUGACUGCUAUGGACAUCAAAUCAACAAGUCCUACUUCUUUCUUGUUACAAACAACAGCCCUACUUUGUCCCGUACAGGGAUUUCCUGUACCAGCAUUCAGAUGGUACAAAUUCAUCGAUGGAACAUCUCGUCGGCAGCCUGUACAGUUAAAUGAACGAGUCAGACAAGUCAGCGGUACUCUUAUUAUUCGAGAAGCCCGAGUCGAAGAUUCAGGAAAAUAUUUAUGUAUUGUAAACAAUUCAGUUGGUGGAGAAAGUGUUGAAACUGUUUUGACUGUUACUGCACCACUUUCUGCAGAAAUUGAACCUACAGUACAAACAGUUGACUUUGGAAGACCCGCUACGUUUACAUGUAAUGUCAAAGGAAAUCCUGUAAAGACUAUUUCAUGGUUAAAAGAUGGAAAACCACUUGGACAUGAAGAACAAACUCUUCGAAUUGAGAGUGUUAAAAAAGAAGACAAGGGCAUGUAUCAGUGCUUCAUAAGAAAUGAUCAAGAGAGUGCUCAAGCUACUGCAGAAUUAAAACUGGGAGGAAGAUUCGAACCACCUCAAAUUCGACAAGCCUUUUCUGAAGAAACUCUUCAACCUGGACCUAGUGUUUUUCUGAAAUGUGUGGCUAGUGGAAAUCCAACUCCUGAAAUAACAUGGGAAUUAGACGGAAAACGUUUAUCUAAUACAGACAGACUUCAAGUUGGACAAUACGUUACAGUCAACGGUGAUGUCGUGUCAAAUUUGAAUAUUUCUAGUAUACAUACUAACGAUGGAGGACUUUACAAAUGUAUUGCUGCAUCUAAGGUUGGUGCGGCAGAACAUUCUGCACGUUUGAAUGUGUACGGAUUGCCUUUCAUUCGACACAUGGAUAAGAAAGCUAUCGUCGCUGGUGAAACUCUUCGUGUAACAUGUCCAGUUGCUGGUUAUCCGAUAGAGAGCAUAGUCUGGGAGCGUGAUACAAGGGUUCUUCCAAUCAACAGAAAGCAAAAAGUAUUCCCCAACGGAACAUUAAUCAUUGAAAAUGUUGAACGACAAAGUGAUCAGGCAACGUAUACGUGCGUCGCUCGUAAUGCUCAAGGAUACAGUGCAAGAGGAAUGCUAGAAGUACAAGUAAUGGUCGCACCUCAAAUAACUCCAUUUUCUAUUGGGGAUGGACCAGCAAAUUGGGGAGAUCAAACGUCAGUGAUUUGCAGUGUUAUAAAAGGUGAUCGUCCAAUAGAAAUCACUUGGAGUUUAAACGGGAAAGAGAUAACUCUUGAAAGUCAUCCCGAUAUUUCAAUAUCAAGAACAGGACCGAUGAUUUCACUUCUCAGCAUUGAUUCCGUAACUGCACGUCACGCAGGAGAAUAUUCAUGCAUGGCCAGUAAUUUGGUUGGUUUCGUUAGUCGAUCAGCUGAAUUGACGGUUAAUGUGCCACCACGUUGGAUUCUUGAACCAACAGAUAAAGCUUUUGCUCAAGGUUCUGAUGCAAGAGUAGAAUGUAAAGCCGACGGUUUCCCAAAGCCUCAAGUCACAUGGAAGAGGGCUGCAGGAGACACGCCUGGCGAUUACACAGAUUUGAAAUUAAAUAAUCCUGAUAUAAGUGUUGAGGAUGGAACAUUGUCGAUUAAUAAUAUCCAAAAGACAAAUGAAGGUUAUUAUCUUUGUGAAGCUGUAAAUGGUAUAGGAUCUGGACUUUCCGCUGUAAUACUCAUUUCAGUACAAGCUCCACCACAUUUUGAAAUUAAAUUACGUAAUCAAACUGCUCGUCGUGGUGAACCGGCAGUAUUACAAUGUGAAGCUCAAGGAGAAAAGCCAAUUGGCAUCCUUUGGAAUAUGAAUAAUAAACGACUAGACCCAAAAAGUGAUUCACGUUACACUAUUCGAGAAGAAAUAUUGGCUAAUGGGGUUUUAUCUGAUUUAAGUAUUAAGAGAACUGAAAGAAGUGAUUCUGCACUAUUUACCUGCGUUGCUACUAAUGCAUUUGGAAGCGAUGAUACAAGCAUCAAUAUGAUUGUACAAGAGGUUCCGGAAGUUCCCUAUGGCUUAAAGGUACUUGACAAGUCUGGAAGAUCAGUUCAAUUAUCAUGGGCAGCUCCCUAUGAUGGAAACAGUCCAAUUAAACGAUAUGUUAUUGAAUACAAAAUCAGUAAAGGAUCCUGGGAUAGUGAUAUUGAUCGAGUUGUAGUUCCAGGAUCUCAACAGAAUGUCGCAGGCGUAUUUAAUUUAAAGCCAGCUACAACAUAUCAUUUGAGAAUUGUUGCCGAAAAUGAAAUUGGUACCUCUGAUCCAUCUGAUACAGUAACAAUAAUUACAGCCGAAGAAGUUCCUUCAGGUCCACCAAGUUCAGUUAGAGUUGAAGCUCUUGAUCAACACAGUCUAAAAGUAACUUGGAAACCACCUCCACGAGAAGAUUGGAAUGGAGAAAUUUUGGGUUAUUAUGUGGGAUAUCGACUAUCGUCUUCUGAAAAGCCAUAUAUGUUUGAAACAGUUGAAUUUUCGAAAGAGGAUGGAAAGGAACAUCAUUUACAAAUUACGAAUUUGAAAAUAUAUACUCAAUACAGUGUUGUGGUUCAAGCUUUUAAUAAGGUUGGAUCAGGUCCUAUGAGUGAGGAAAGAAGACAACAUACUGCUGAAGGAGUACCAGAGCAACCACCUCAUGAUACAACAUGUACUACACUUACAUCGCAAACAAUUCGUGUUUCUUGGUCUUCGCCUCCUUUAAGUGCUGCCAAUGGAGUCAUUACUGGAUAUAAGAUUAUUUAUGGACCAUCAGAAUCAUGGUACGACGAAAAUACAAAAGAUACAAAGAUUACUUCAUCUAGUGAAACAAUUCUCCACGGUCUAAAGAAAUACACCAAUUAUAGUAUGCAAAUACUUGCCUUUACUUCUGGUGGUGAUGGAGUUAAAUCUGCACCUAUUCACUGCCAAACUGAACAAGAUGCUCCUGAAGCACCAAUUGCUAUUAAAGCACUUGUCAUGUCCGCCGAUUCUAUUCUCGUUUCAUGGCGACCACCAAAUCAACCUAAUGGAGUUAUUUCCCAAUACACUGUUUAUACCAAAGCUGAUGAUUCAGAACAGCCUAUUAGUCAAAAAGUACCAUCCAAUCAAUUGACGCACGAAGCAGUCAAGUUAAGUGAUAAGCGUAGAUAUGAUUUUUGGGUGACAGCAAGUACUAAUAUUGGCGAGGGACAAGCAUCGAAAAUUGUUACAUUAUCACCGAGUGUUAGUGUUCCUGCAAAAAUUGCCUCAUUUGAUGAUAAAUUUACUGCUACAUACAAAGAAGAUGUUAAACUACCGUGCCUCACUGUUGGAGUUCCAGCUCCUGAAGUUAAAUGGAAUCGAGGUGGUGAUGCUGUGCAACCAAACGACAGACUUAGACAAUUACCAGAAGGAUCACUUUUCCUGAAGGAAGUAGACAGAGAAGACGCUGGAGAGUAUUCGUGUUAUGUGGAAAAUUCAUUUGGACAUGACACUGUUACUCAUCAAUUAGUAGUUAAUGCUCCUCCUCAACCACCGCAAGUUCAGCUCACUGCCACUACAACUAAUUCUUUGACACUGAAACUUCGCCCUCUUUCUGGUGAUAAUGCUCCAAUUCAUGGAUAUACAAUUCACUAUAAACUCGAGUUUGGCGAAUGGGAAACUGUUCAAAUUGGUUCAAAUACUCAAAAAUAUACUUUAGAAAAUCUUUUAUGUGGAUCUAGAUAUCAGGUUUACGUGACUGCGUACAAUGGAAUUGGCACAGGAAAACCGUCUGAUAUAUUAAAUAUACGCACAAAAGGACAAAAACCAAGUGUACCUGAAGCAACAAGAUUUAUCGAAGUCUCAACUAAUAGUAUAACUCUACAUCUAAAUGCCUGGUCCGAUGGAGGAUGUCCAAUGCUCUAUUUUGUUGUUGAGCAUAAAAAGAAAAAUCAACUUGAAUGGAAUCAAGUCUCAAAUAGUGUUAAACCUGGAGGAAACUUUGUCGUUUUAGACCUAGAACCUGCGACUUGGUAUCAACUACGCGUGACAGCAAAUAAUAAUGCAGGAUUUCAAGUUGGAGAAUUUGACUUUGCAACUUUAACAGUAACUGGAGGUACAAUUGCACCACCAUUUCGAAGUGAUGCUGGCAAAGCAAAUAUUGUCGAAGGUGAAACCAAUGAUUUGGCUGUAAAGAAGAUAUUCUCCUUUUUACCUGAAUGGCUUGACAUCAAUGUAAUUGUACCAGCUGCAGCAACUGUCGUUGUUAUUAUUGUAGGAAUUGUUGUAAUCUGCGUUGCUCUCUCCAGAAGAGCUGGUGGACCAGAAACUACUCGACUUAGAGGAAUUUCAUCAGCUGAUGAAAAAUAUUACGAAGGACAAUAUGAUGUGGUGUAUCAACAAACCGGUGUCGUGGGAACAACGUUAGAUAAAAGAAGGCCUGAUCUUCGUGAUGAACUUGGCUACAUUGCACCACCUAAUCGGAAAUUACCACCAGUUCCAGGAUCAAACUACAAUACGUGUGAUCGUAUCAAGAGAGGUACAGUCAUAAGUGGUCCUGGCUCAAUAAGAAGCCAUUCAACAUGGGAUCCAAGAAGACAUAUGUAUGAGGAAUUGAGUCACUAUCCACCAAACAGAAGAUGUCCACCGCCACCGCAUAUGAGCAGUACCGAUGUAUUAACACGAAAAGGUAUGGAAGAUGAAAUUUGCCCAUACGCAACCUUCCAUCUUUUGGGAUUCCGUGAGGAAAUGGAUCCUAGUAAAGCUAUGCAGUUCCAAACCUUCCCUCAUCCUGGUAAUGGACACUCUGGUACAAUGGGACCACCAGUGGGACAUCCUACAAAUUCAUCUGCACACAGCCGUUCCGGUUCUCAAUCUAUGCCUAGGCAAAAUGGUGGACGUUAUUCACGAGUACCAUCACAAGGCGGUAGUAUGCAGACUAAUGUUUUCUCACCUGAAUAUGAUGAUCCGGCAAAUUGUGCUCCCGAAGAAGAUCAAUAUGGAUCUCAAUAUGGACAAUAUGGAGCUCCUUAUGAUCAUUAUGGUUCUCGUGGAUCAGUUGGUCGUCGUAGUGUUGGAUCAGCUCGCAAUCUUCCAAUGUCAAAUUCACCUGAACCACCACCACCUCCACCAAGAAAUCACGAUCCCAAUAGCUCUAACUUCAAUGACAGCAAAGAAAGUAAUGAAAUUAGCGAAGCAGAAUGCGAUCGAGAUCAACUAAUUAAUCGUAACUAUGGCGUGAAUUCACGAACCAAGGAUGGUAUGUCAACUGAAGAAAUGAGAAAACUUAUUGAGAGAAACGAAGCACCCUCCAGGCAAACCAACGCCGCCCUCAGUAGUCACGGGGGACUCCUCACACCCUACGAUACUGUGGCAGUGUAAUCUGUAAAACGCUUAUCGUCUUCCAUCUUUCAAAUUGAAGUGAAACAUAAUUUUUUCUUCAUGUACAAUUUUACGUAGAUUGUUCAAAAUUUUCAAUAUGAUCAUUUAUAAGAUCAUAUAAAAAUUUACGGGUAUAUUAAUAUACCCAAUAAAACACUUUCCCAAUUUUAUUAUUUCACUAAAACUACUACUACUACUACUACUACGUACUACUAAACUAUAAAUUCAAACAAUUUUAACUCUACAUUUAUAAUUAAUUGACGAAUUAGAAUUUCUAAUAAGAUUAAUAUUUAUUGUCGAAAAAUUAUAUUUGAUCGAUAAAGACAUAGACGAAGAUCUAUAGUAACGUAAAAAGUAACAACCUUUUCGGUACCCUUUCGCCAAACAAAUUUGAUAUUUCUCUUUAUCAAACAAAGUUUUUGAAAAAUUUGACUGAACAAUUUUUAAAAAAAAAAACGUUUUUUUGAACGUUAAUUUAUUUGUAAAAAAAAACUCUUAUAGAUUCAAAAAGAAGUCUAUAGACUAAUUUUUUUUUAAGUUUUCAUCUCCCAGUGUUAAAGAAUUGAAAAUAAUUCUCUCUAUUAUUUAUGUAUCUGUGAUAUUAACUGCAAGGUGUAAAAUGCUCCCACUUGAGUUUUUCAUUUUUUUAAGUUCCAUUUUAAGUAAUUUUUAAACUGCAACGAAUGAAUGAAAUCAAGAAAAUUGCAUUUUUCAAAGAUUUGCAGUACAAAUUUUGAAAAUUAUGUUAUUUGCUCAUUUUUUUUUAAGAUUAAAUUAUUUCUUCCGUUAAUUAAAUAAUGUUUACAAAAAAAAAUGAAUUAUCAAGCAUAUUUAUUGUUAAUAUUCAAUUAAUUUUUUGCAUUUAAUUCAAUUUUUAAGGGUCCGAAUUUUUUUUUUUUUUUAGAUGUUUCACUUAGUUUCUAUAUAUUUAACUCAUAGUUCUAUCACACUGCCGUGAUUUAUAGACCAACGAUUUAUAAUUUUGUAACGAAGGUUGUGUCUCCGACGAAUGAUAUGAAAAUGAAAAAAAAAAAUCACCAUGUGGUAAAAAAAAAAAAAAAGAUGACUCCGUCAUACGGUCAUAGCCCGUACAAUUUAUGCUCAUAUUUACACAAAAAAAAAAAAAAAAAAUCAUCCUCGUUACUACUUUGUGAUAUUAGAGCAUUGUACGGUUGCGAUGAACAUUAUUUCACAGAUACAAUCGAUUGUUCCGCAAAAUGCAAAUAAUUAUAACGAGUAUGCGUAGAUAGCUCAGAACUUUAAUCGAACAGAUGGUUGCGAGUUUUAGUAUUACACAACGAUGUCUACGAUAAUUAUAAAAAUGCACAACACUACAACAACAACAACAAAAAAUAUGUAACCAAAGAACAAUUUUUUAGAUAGUAGAAAAUUUUUGCUAUCUUCGCGAAAAAAAAAAAUUAAUAUUGUUCAGAUAAAACCAAAAAAAAAGAAAAACCAGUGAAAAUAUUGUAGACGUCGUGCGUAUUACAAAGCUCAUAGGUCAUUUUUACAAUGGUAUUACUGCUAGGCUAUAUAAGUAUAAUGUAGAUGUCACAUUUGUUUAUGUGCCAUGCGUCGAUCGGCAGCCAUAAUUUUCUUGCGUCGGAUUAAAAAAAAAAAAAGAAACAAAGAUUCUGAAAAGAAACUGGCGACAUUGAUUUUCUUUCUUUUUGUAUAAGAAUUAAAAUUAUUUAAUUUUAGGAUCGCCGAUCACGAAUUUCGAAAUUAAAAUGGCGAAUCCAAUAUGGCGGGGAAAAAAUGAAUAAAAUUAGUCACGUGACGUCUGAAUCCGCCAUGAUACUCUCAGUGCCGUACUCUUCAAUUUUAUUUCCGAAAGCAAUCAACAUAAUUUUAUAAAUGUUACGAAAAAAAGUUCCUAUUACAUUAUUAUUAUUAUUACUAUAAUUGAAUCAAUUUUGUAUUUUAGAACUGGGAAUGAAAACCUUGCUUUCUAUGAGAAGGAGGAGUUUAAAUUUUGUUCUUAGUGAGCAAAUAUAAACUCAAUCAUUUUUUAAAGACCUAGUCUAGUAAUUAUUGUUUUUUAUUAUUUGGAACAAAAUCUCCAUUUUUAUAUCUUAGGACAACGAUUAAAAGUUUUGCUUUCUGUGAGAAGGAGAAGUUUAAAUCUUGUUUUUAAAAAAAAAAUUUUAAUAAUUUUUAUUGAUAUUGAACUAAUUUUUAAAUUUUUUUUCUCCGCCAUAUUAAAUUCGCCAUUUUGAUAACGUUAUUUGAGUACUAAAUUAUAGGCUAGUAAGAAUAUUUCAAAUUCUCCGAAGUAUCUCGCACAAAAUAUGUUGGAAAAAUGUUUCUAAACAUGCUUCCAACUUCGUAAUUUUCUUUUUUUUUUUUUAUCUUCCGAACAAAAAAUGUAAAUGUCAAAAUGAAAACAAAUUUUAUAGAAGGCUACAAAUCUUGCUUUCUGCGAGAAGUAGGUGUAAUUUUUGGAAUUUUAUUUUCAUUUGAAAAAAAAGAAAAUUCAACAAAUGAAAGAAAGAUUCAAAAUCUCCCUUCUCAAAGGAAAAAUUUUCAUUGUAGUCUUUUGUCAAUUUUUUUUUUGUAAUUUAUAUUUUUUCUUCCUAAGGUCAAAAAUUACAUUACUUUAAUAUUUAUUCAUUUAAUUAUUUACUUUUAAUUAUAUGAAACCUAGUUUUUAAAAAAAAAUUUCAAUAUUUUUUUUUUAGUAAAUAAUUAUUUACCGUAAAAUAAUAAAAAUAAUUUUCUUUCUUUACAAAAAAAAAAAAAAAAAAAUGAAAGCUAGUCAAUGUCAAAUGUUAAACGACUGUAUGAAGAUUUAAUCUGAUAAUUGAAAUAAUUAUUAAAAACCAUUUUAGAAACUAUUGACGAUCGGUGUUUUGGGGGUGGCUGCGACGACGCACCCUCUGUCAUCGAUGUGAUUUUAAUGCUGCGCAGUUUUUUGUGUGUCGUAUAUAUGUGUUAAAUUGUGCUAUUAGAUAUAGCAGUACUCAAAACUAUAAUAAUAAUAUUAAUAAUAAUAAUAAUAAAAUAAUAAUAAUAUUAUAAACUAAACUAUUUACGAUUUGUGUAAGACUCGUAAAACUUUUCGCUUAUCGCGUUUGAAUCUAAAAAAAAACAAAAUACCAACAAAAACACACGAUUAAUCUCAGAAAAAAAUUUAAACAUAGUCAACUAGCACUAAAAAAAAAAGAUACACGUGACUUGAUUUGUCGAAUUUGAAAAUUUAAAUUUAAAUUCAUGGAAAAUUUCAAUUUUCUAUGAAUUUUAUUUUCAAUUUCAAUUCGUCGAAUUAUUUAUAUAGUGUACUCGAAAAAAAUAUACCCAGGAUAUCGUAAAUUGAUAAGUAUAGUUUUAUUUUAGACAACUGCCAUACGACUAACCGUUCUUAUUAUAUCAAUAUAAGUAAAGCGGCAUUUUCACAUUUCUGAUAAUGUUGCAAAAUACAAUGAAAUGAUGAUAUUAAAAUCAAAGUGAUUGAUCCUAACCAAUUUCAAAUUCCAAAUUUAAUGAUAAAUGACGAAAAUUGUAUAUAAAAUGAAAAAAAAAAAAUUGAAACUAUCACUUUCUGUAAAUUGUCUCUUUUUUACAUUUUUUGUUAGAUGUGUAUCAAAAAUUGAAAAUAAUAUUAAGUUCAUUGGUAUUUUGUUUAUGUGUUGUAUUUGUCGGUAUUUUAUAUAUGUAUGAAAAUAAUUAAUCAUUAAUUGCUUUAAAUAAUUCUUAACUUAUACUUAUGUAUAUUGUAAUUUGUAUAAUUAUCGCGAUAAAAUAAUGAAAAUAUAUUUCAUCGUGAAUGCAUCGUCAGUAAAAGAAAUUGCCGCUUUAAAAAAAAAGAAAUUUUUUAGGCUUAAAACUAAAUAAAAUGCAGUUACUUUAUCAGCUAAUAAAUCUUAUAAAAAAUAUAGCUUCUUAAGCUGCUUAGUGCGUAAUUGUACGAUUACAAAAAAAAAAAAAAAAAAGAAGAAAAGUAAAAUGAAAAAUAAUCCAUUUUUUACUUUUUCGUACAUGGCAACAUUUUUUGUGCUAUAUUGUACAAUUGUUGAGUGUCAUCAGUAAAAUCAAAUCUAAUUUCACAAUAUUUCAAAUAUUUAAUUGUAGUUUAUAGUUUACUAUCAACUUCAAUUAAAAAAUACUAGAAAUAUGUUAAAAAGUGAAUUUUUGAUCUGAUGUUUCUCAAAUAUUACAACUUUAAAAAAACAUUGCGUAAAUAAGGUGGAUUUAAAAAUUUCUUUUUAUCAAAAACAAAGUCUAUUUGGAAACAAACCAAAUUCGUAGAUUUAUAUAAAAUCUACAUUAUAAAUUCUAUGAGAAAUUCUACAUAUGGAUCUCUUUAGGGUAUGUUUGUUUUAAAUAUGAAGAAUUUUUUACGUCCACUUUAAUGUCUAUUUCGAAAAACCAGCUAUGAAUUACUGUCAAUGCAAUACAACUACUUUGUUUUAUACCAAAGUUUUCUUGUUUCAUGUUAAAUAAAUAAAAUUUACACCUA